CUUGGAUCAGAUUCAAUAUCUCAAAAAAAAAUAAAUAAAAAAUAAAAAAAACCAUCAUGUAUCCUCGUUGGAAUUAUGAUUUUACUGGUCGAGGUCGGCAUAUCAAAAAGAGACCAGUUCAAUUUGAGAAGCAGCUCACUGAGGUGCUGUUCCCUACAUAUGCGCAGCAGCAUGUCUUGACUUUGGCACGCUACCUGGACACCGAUGAAGCGAUUAUGGUCAAAAUUCGCUAUGGACUGAACCCAGAAGACUUCGAAAUCAUCGAAGAUAUCGAAGGAACGCGAAAGAUCACCUCCAGCCAUUUUCUCCAUGAAAUCGAUGUCCUUGACACCCUUUCGGAGGCCGGCUAUGGCCCAGCCUAUAUCGAUUGUGCUACUCAGCCUGCGGGCUUGACACUUCCAUAUCCUCAGGGUGAAGUGGAUGUCCUUGUCAUGUCACGCGUUCCUGGGGAAAGGCUUGGGGAGAUGUCUGAAAGCUUAUCUGAGGCUCAACUUGAGAGCAUUCGUUGUCAGCUCACUGAGAUACUAGAGUACAUGCGACAGGAAGGGUAUGUCAUAUUCCAACAGGACCCCGACUUUCUCCAGUACGACAUCGAAAAUGAUAAGCUCUACCUCGUGGACCUCACAUUCAUCGAUAUCAUCGACCCUGUCUACGACCGUAAUAUGAAGCAAAUCAAGCCUGAUAGCAUGUGGGUUUUGGCAUUCGGGUUGUGGAGCGAAGAGCUAAUUAAGCGCAAUCCACAACCAAAACGUCUCUUGCAAUCGGCAAAACAAAGACAAGAUGGUAACCUCGAUCCCGGACAAGAAUCUAGGCAGAUUUCUGGAAAGCUCCCUGAACGAUCUCCUCCGCAACUGCUUUAUACUCAGUCGGAUAGUACUCCUGUGUCUGGGGAACUGGUUGAGACUAUAUACGCCCCAACAGACGGGGGUUUUCAUGAGAAAAAGGACCAGCACAAACGUCAGACGUGGUGCUGUUGAUACUUGGUCUGCGUGAAGUUGAUAAUUUCCUUAAUGUUAUAUUUCAUUGGUAUGUUUUUUGUAGGGGUUCUGAGCAAUGUUGGUAUCUUUUCAUUUUGGAUUUGUUUCGCUCCCAUUCAUAGGGUUCACAAGUGAGUCUUCAGAAAUAGAUCAGCAACAAGC